AUGAGGCCGUCCUGGGCUCAGCCGGGAUCGGGCGUCCUACUGACCGGCGCCACGCUGCUGCUGCUGCUGCUGCUGCUGCUGCUCCACCUGCCGAACCGGCCCCCCGGGCCCUCGUCCCUCUCCUUCGCUUGGCGGGCCCGGCCCCGGUCCCCCCCGGCCGGGCCCUACCCUCACCCCUACCCCUUUCUGCUCAACCACCCGGACAAGUGCCGGGGCCCCCGGGGCGCCCCCUUCCUCCUCCUGCUGGUCCUGACCGAGGUCCGGGACGUGGCCGUCCGCCAAGCCGUCCGCCGGACCUGGGGGGAUGAAGGCGGGGUGCCCGGCGCCCACCUCCUCCGCCUCUUCCUCACGGGCCUCCCCCCGCCGCCCUUCGCCGAGCCCCUCCAGGACCAGCUGGCCGAGGAGGACGCCCGCUACGGCGACCUGCUCCAGCAGGGCUUCCGCGACACCUACCAAAACCUGACGCUCAAGACGCUCAUGGGGCUGGAGUGGGUCACCCGCUUCUGCCCCGGCGCCCGCUACGUCCUCAAGGUGGACGGGGACGUCUUCCUCAACCCCACCUACCUGGUGCGGCUCCUGCGGGCCCACCCGCAGCGGGACUUCAUCACGGGCCACGUCUACCGGGGCACCGGGCCCCUCCGCGACCCCGCCUACAAGUGGUACGUGCCCCGGGAGCUCUACCCCCCCGACACCUACCCGCCCUACUGCGGGGGGCCCGGCUACGUCAUGUCGGGCCACCUGGCCCGGAGGGUCUUCGCGGCCGCCCAGACCGUCCCGCUCAUCAACAUGGAAGACUCCUUCGUGGGGCUGUGCCUGCAGCGGCUGGGGGUGGAGCCCACCGAGCCCCCCGAGGGAGCCUUCCACGUAUUCCGCCGCGACUACGAGCGCUGCGCCUUCGCCCGCCUCGUUCUCGUCCACCACUUUGGCCCUCGGGAGCUGCUGGCCCUCUGGCCGGACUUCCUCGCGGCCAACCGCACCUGCCCCGACCCGUAA